GGCAAUCACGGGAACGGAUUCAAUUAUUGAAAAUUUGGAACGGCAGGCACUUCCCUUCUUUUGGCAUGAAACCAAAGACACUGGUGGAAGUUUUGUCCGUGGAGCUGAUGCAAGAGGAGAGCACCGUGGAAAGAUUCGAAAAGGGAGCGACUGACACCAUUGAUUGAAGGAACGAAGGAUAAGACGGAAACAGACGUGAUGGAAGUCUUUGGAAUGGGCGAGGACAGGCACUCUUCGAGAAUCGACGAUUCCUCGUUUUCUUUCGACUACCUGCGAGAUGCGGGGGCGUCGAAUGGUGUUACCCAGAGACGGGGCCCCAACCAAACCGUCGAUACGAACGAUUCUGUGUCUUUUUUGUUGGAUGCUUCCAUCAUUGCCGGGACAACACCCGGGCUGGCAGAUACCAGCAGCAACAACAUGAGCGCGGAUGYCGAAACCGCUGCUCCAYCUUCUGUUGCCUCSACGGCCGCUUCCAAUCCUUCCGCCACUCCCAGGUUUAGGAAGAAGCCCAUUUAUUCACUGGACGAUACAUCUGUGUCGCAGUUCCUUACCGCAUCACCGUCGACUCGACGGAGUCCUCAAAAUCCCAAAGCGAACAGCACCAGUUCAGAUAGGAUAUCAAAGGCUGCUAGUUUCACUACUACUGCUGCUGCUGCUGCUUCAGCCAAAAAUUCUACGAAUUCUAGGAAUUUUUUGGACCAUAAUCGCCGAUUUCAGUCAAAGUUGCCGCCGCGAAGAGUAUCUACGGGAGCMGCACCAUCAUCGCCUUCACCAUCUAGAUCGUUAUCAUCCCCUAUGGCAACCGUCGAAGUAAUCACCGCCGUUCCGACAACAGCAGCUGCAUCUGCUGGAACGAAUUCUACGAAAAGCCCUGUCACUCGCAAAAGUCCUCUCCGGCCCCCGCAACCAUUGUCCACGAGUUUCAGUAGUGGUGGAGGUGUCCAGAAAAACACAACAAAAACUCUGUUUUCACCAUCCUCCUUCCAAAGAACUCCGCAAACUCCUGGGGGAUUGUGGACUGUCAACACGGAGUCCAAGUCGUUUGUCAAUGGAUUGCUCUCGCCAUUUUCUCCACUUUUGCGCUCGCCGAGAAAUGGCAGUAAGACCAAUUUGCCAACUAUUCGUUCGUUUGACGACGACGAGAAUGAGAAUGAGAACGAAAAGAAUGUCAAUAUCAAUCCUGCGGACAGCGAAGCCCAGGAACAAGAUUUUUUUAGCUACCAGCGAAAGCAAUACCUGCAAUUCGCCUCCUUGCAGCCCUGCCGAAAGGUAUCGAUCGUUGUCCGGGUCACGGCGAUCGAUGACGACGACGACGAUAACAAACGAUGCAUUUUUCCCCACAAUACAGAUCCUCCCGCGAAGGCACGGAACGAGAGCCCGGAAGUUUCUUCCGCCUUUGCAACGCCGAAUCGAUUGACGUCGGACAAGGCCACACCCAUAAAAUCUUCCAGGCAUGUCCGGGACAUGGUGGUGGUCAAUCCCACCGCCUUCGGGAAGUUUGUUCCUUCGAAGGACACCAUGGAGACGGCCAAACUUGUAGCCCAGGUGGCCAACAUUCCUUCCGAGGAUUGGGCCCGGCUCUACGAGUUCCAUCACGUCAUUUGGCCAUCAACGUCGYGCCCAUCUCCCGAUCGCAAGGACAUUCACAAUACUCCUAAUAGUGCGCACAGCAACACAUCUUCCUCUUCUUCUUACAACACCUUGGAUUCCGUGACAAGGGCCGUUGUCCAAGAUUUAAUGAACCARCACAAGUCGUCGCUUUUGAUCAGUUUGGGGCAUGAGAACAGCUGUUUUGGAACAUUGAACAACGCUAGCAAAAACACGAACGCGAACGCGAACGCGAACGACAACAUUGGAUUGUGGACCAAAAUCAUCAACCAGUGCUCGGCAAUGCUAGAAACCAAGGGCGUUGGUACGUUCAUCAAAAUGAUUAGUAUUUUUCUUUUCUAUUAUCUUCAUCCUGUACGUACUCACAACCCAUAUUUCUAAUUACUUCUAAAGUUCGAUUGAGUAUGGUGGAACUAAUUGAACCGAAUAUCGGUGGACGCAAUCAUUCUCAUAGAGGAGAUUACUUUCGGGACUUGCUGGCACCUCCAGACCAAAAAUCUACCUCCAUUUCACUUCGACACGAGGACAUGAAGGGAGCCAAGCUCGAGGGACUGUGCACGGUCGAGAUUGACUCCAUGCCRGCCCUUUUGGAAGCUCUUUCGACUGGUCGCCACGAGAGUAGAAACCGUCGGAAUUCCGAUGAUGGAGCUAGUGCAACUAUCAUCGGAACGUUGUCCUACUGGGAAAAUGCGGUCGCCUACAAGAUGGAAAAGAAACCAUGCUCGACCGUGACCUGCGUCGAAAUGGCCUCCCCRAAUCACAAUAAGGGAACGAUUGAAUCGAUUUCGCACCGCAAAUCCAUCGUGAGUUUGGGACAGGCCCUUCGGCAGCUCCUGUUGCAGCAAGCCAUGGASAAACACGCCGCCGAGCACACCUCGGAGGUAGCUCCGGUCAUYUCGUAUCGAGAAACCACCCUCACGAAGGUGUUGCAGCGGUACAUGGAAUCCUCAAAGAUUGUUUUGAUUGCGUCUGUCUCUCCACUUUCCAAGGAUUACCACCAAACGGUGACCACCCUAAAUUAUCUACGGCGACUCUUAGUCAAACCRGGAACGCCUUUGACAUCGCCGUUUGGCGGCGGCAAGGAAAAUCCAAACACCUCUCGGGGGGGAAUAACCACUCCGAAGACAGCCAAAAUGAGCAAUCGUACGAAUGGCGACCGCAGUCGUCCCAAUCUGUUGUCGCCAGAGGUCUUGUCUCCGGAAAUCAAAGAAACGAUGAUAGAAUCUCUUGUGGCAGAUCCGCGCCAGCGACUCGCCAAAACCUUUCAAGUAGGAACUCCCUCGCCUUCAAGAACUGCCAAGAAAACUCUAGAUGAGUCAUUGGCAGCAGCAACGAUCGUAGAGCAYGAAGAACUCCUCGAGAAGGCUUUGGAGGAGGAUGACAAAUUGAUGGAAGAUUUGGUGACAGAUCCUCGCCAGCGGCUCGCCAGGUCCUUUCCCCAGGGUACKCCCUCGCCCUCCAGAAGUGCCGCUGCAAUGAAUAGUUACGUAAGUGCUUCUGCCAUUGACAAUUCUACCGUUGCUUCUGACCAUAGUGCCACCCAGCCAAAUAAUUAUACAGGUCCACCUGAAGAAAUUCGACAGGUGAAUCACUAUCCUAACAAAGAUGAGUACCAGGGACAUCGGCAACCUUUSUGGCAACAAAAAGACCACGGUGACGACGACGAUAAGCACAGUAACAGCGGUGUGUAUGAUGGGAAUGGAUCGGAUCCCUACGAAGAAKUCUAUCCAGCAGAUGGCCACGUAAACUCCAACAAAGAUUAUACAUAUCACAACGAUCAGGAUCUCAGCAAAGAGUGGGCAUCGGAAGAAGAAAUCAAGCGGGACCUACUGAGGAAUGCACGGCACAGUGGGCAAUAUUCUCCGGUCGAAAKCAAUGAGGYCCUCGGGACCCAAUUUUCCAAUCAAGAAAAAGAUAUCGUGACAAAAAGUUACGAAGCUGAAGAGUYCAGGACUGCUCAUCAAAUCGAGAGCGACACGUACGAUUUGGCCAGUAAUGAAUCGGAAAAUCAUGUCGAGUACGUUGGUGAAAUAGAAAUGCCCAGUGAACACCAUGGAAAAAAUGUGCGAAGAGAAGCAGCAUUGCAGUCGCAAAUCAUYGGCGAAGAGAACGAAAACAAUCAGCAUACGAGCACUGAAUACUAUGCGCUAAUCGAAACUGAAGGAGGCACAGAAGGGAAUGAUUUUUWUCUCGAGGAUGAAGAAAAGCAAGAUACGGAAAAUGUUGGUAUUAAAAGCUCGCUGCRUGAAAAUGAAGACGAGCAGGAACAAGAGCAAGACACUGUAGGGRACGAGUAUGAAUUAGAACUGGAGGAGAGACCUGUUGGGGAAUAUGGUUUCUGUGAAGAAAAAAUUACUCGUGGCCUUGCCACGUUGCCACUCGAUCAAUCUAWUACGAAACCAAAUCACUUGGAUCAAGAAUUCGUAACGAAUGGAGACGGUAAUGGUUUGAAUGUCGAUGAAGACGAUGAUAUCACCCUGGACUUGAAACCUCUUGAAUGUGACGAUGAUAGCUUUUCACGAUUCACCGCCGACAAAUGGCAAGAUGGGAUGGACGAGGAAGCUAACAAUCGGGAAAGGAGCGARCCUUCUAAUGUCCUGGGAGUAAGUACGGCUGAAAACGAUGCCGCAGAUUCCAGAAAAGUAGAAACUGUUUCAUCCAGCUUUUGGGACUUGAAUCCAGAAAAUGCCGAAGAUUCGAUGGACGGUGAAGCAAAACAAACCGAAUACGAUCUACCGGAUGAUCCUUUCACGUCCAAUCAGCUCGAAGGUUUAUUCCAGCAUCAGAUCAGCCAAUCUUCGCAAAAUCAUAGUCCGACAUCAUCGGGAGGAGAGAAACCUUUGAGCUCUCACCGAAGAGAAUCUGCAUGUAUUUCAUUCACUUCCCCGUACUCUGUCACGUCAAGGUCAAAAGAGCAGGAAGAACUGAUCGUAGAACGCGACCAAUUGCGCUCAGUGGUGGAAACGUUGAAAGACGACCUGCAAAAAGCCUCCGUUAAGAAUGAAAACUGCGUUCAACAGCACGAAGAACAACUGCAGGAUUUGUAUUUACAGCUGAGVAAAGCACACGAUACGAAUAAGGAACUGGCAUCAACGCAACAAGAACUGCAAAAUCUCGCUUUAGAACGGGAAGAAAUGGAGCAUACGAUUGAAUCACUUCAGUGCCAGCUGAGCGAACUUUCUGAAAAUCGCAGUAGAGAGUCGCAACGCAACGAAAAAGAUAUUGCUGUAUUCCAUUCGAAACUAAGCSAGGAGAGGGAGAAACAACAAGUGCUCAAAGCCAUUGCCGAAGAGGCUGUUACCGCGCGCGAUACACAGAUCGAAGAGAURAAAAUGCUUGCUGCCAAGCGCGAAGRACUUCAAGGAGAAAUCGAAACUUUGCGAAACACAAUGAAGACUAUGGAUAAGGAGCAAGAUGAUCACGCCACCAAGUACCAGCAAGAGAUUCUUCAACUUUACACAAAACUGGAAGAAGUCACGAACGAGAAACGCUCUCUGCAACAGGCUGCUGAUGAUGCUAGAUUCCGUCUGGAAACACAAUCGGAGAAGAUGCGUGCAAUGAACCUGGAGCGCGAAGAGCUCCGUUCUACAUUGAGCUCGGUAAAAGGUAGCGCAAAGAAAGCAUACGGAGACCACAGUGAGUACACCAGGCGUUUCAGGGAAGAAAUACAGCAGCUUCACGAAAAGUUAGACGAUGCGAUUCGCGACAAACUCGAGGUUGCGAAGUCGGCGGAUGAGAUUCGUUUUGCAAAAGAUGAUUUGGAACGGAAGGUUAAAAAUUUAGAGAAUGAUCUAUCUGUUUCGCAAACGAAUAGUUUGCGAUUGGAGGACAUGAUAAAAGGAGAGGUCGAGACAAUUCGUGAAUUGAAUGCCGAAUUACACAAGAGGGAUUCAGAUAAUAUCGAUUUGGAGCAUUUUCGAAGCGAGGCCCAGCGUUUGAAGAGCAAGAAUGAUCACCUUGAAAGUCUCAUUAGCCAUAAAAAUAUUGAAUACUCGGCUGCCCUCCAGAAAUUAGAAGACGAUCUUACAGAGGAGAAAAGCAGAAACCUGAAAUUAGAAGAAGAAUUGUCUUUAGUUAAAACAGAGCUUUCGUCUUGUAAGAAGCAAAAGCGAGAACUGGAGGAGAAUCUAGGAUCCUUGUCCGAUAACAAGUCGAAAUUGAUCCACGAACUCAAUAAGAAGCAUGAAGUUCUCGAAAAUCUUCAAUCAAGAUACAACGAUCUCGAGUCGUUGCARUUUACUAAUCAAGGUGUGAUUGCUAAUCUUCGCGAAGAAUUGCAGAAACAGGAAUCGGAGUCAGUCACCUGUGGUCAACUCCGUGCUCAAAUGUCAAGCAUUGAAAGAGAAAGGGAUUCUUUGCGGGAAUUGAUGGAGACCCAAAGGGCCGAGCACGAGAAAUCUAUGGCGGAAAGAGAGAGCGAACUUUCUACUUACUUAGGCCAGUUAUAUUCCGCAAAAGAGGACAUCAGGAAAUCUAAGAAUAGCGAAGAGAGAUAUAGAACCGAUGCCAAAACGCAGCUUAGAUUACUGCGCGAGAGUGAAUCUAGCGUGCGACAUCGAGAUGGCAAGAUAGAGCGGCUUCAAAAUGAGCUUGAAACUCAAAAGAAAGAAAUGAUGUCCUUGCGGGAUUUGGAAAGCUCCAAAUCUCGAUCWGAUCAAGAGAUUGAGCAUCUAAAGCAAAAUCUUUGUAAUAUUGAAAUUGCUCUCAAGAAAACAUCGAAUGAAAAGGAAGAUGCUCUUGAGAAAUUGAAAAAGGAAUCUCACUCUMGAAAAUUAGUGCUAGAUGAACUAGAAAUAGCUAGAGAUGAAGCGCACCGUUACAAACUUGAAUUCGUGAAUUUGAAAGAGAAUUCAGACCGACGCCACCAGGAUGACCAGCGAGUCGAAGAUAUUAUUUCAAAGAUGGAAUCGACUCUCAAAGCUUUCAAGGAGGCGAAAGAGGAGUUGGGAUCAUCUGCUUUUCACAGAAAAGAUAGUGCUUCAGUUCUGCAGGAGCGAACACUCCAGGAAAAUAACCGUGAUUUGACUAACAAUCUCCACCAUUUAAAUGAAAUGGUUGAAAAGUUACGCCGAGAACGAGACAUUUGCCUCCAGAAUAUUCACGACGGUGAAGAAAAACUUUCUARACUGUCCUCUAAAAAAGCCAAGCAUCUUCCAGAUGAUAUGUUUUCGACGCCAGCGAACGAGCACAGAAGAAGGUACAGAGAGUCUAGAUCUACACCUCAACCAAUGAAGACGCCUAUGCCUGUUAUAAUUCCCGAAAUAUAUGUGACGAAGUACCACAUUGGACCAUCCUCACGGGCCGAAGAGAGAGCUGAAGAAAUUGCAGCAUGCUUAGCUAUUUCUGCUAAGAAGGCAAUGGAAGAGAAUUUYGACGAAGUGUCGCAGCUGCGAUCGCAGAUUCAUCGGCUCGAGGAUGAAAGGAGCGAACAAGUUUCCGCACUACGGACAAGAGUUCGUGACUUGCAACAAGAACUAUCCUACGAGAAAGUCUUGAACCCUCCAACAUCAGUAAUGGGCAGUCAAAGUUCCACUACACAAAUGCGAAAGGAACACCAUUCUUUUAAUGGAGAUGAGGAAAAGUAUAGUUUUUAAUGACAUACAACUGAAAUAGGGAUAUUGUUCUGGUUUCUUAUACCAAUGACUUGCUCUUAAUGUUUGUUAGCAACGGCUUUAUUCUAUCGUCGUAGAUAAAUAUAACAUAAAUUC